GUAUAAGGCUUCCGUGAGCCGCCCGCCAUGGCUGCACGGGCUGAAGCCACUUGCUUUUUGCAACAGCUGGCUUCGAGCGGUGUCAAAUGGGAAGACUUUUUGCAUCACCUUGAGCCAUGCGUUGACCAGGCAGGCUUCCUUGCAGGUGGCUGGGGCAAUUGCUUAGUUGAGGCAACGAUUCAAGAGCAUACGCACGGAAACUUUGGGCAAGCUGGACAAGUUAUUGACUUCCUCUCAAGCUCUGGACACCAAAGAUAUAUGAAAGCUGCAGACAAACUGGAGAGGUUGACCCAUCGAGCAAUGAGAGCUGGUGGCAUUCAAAGUGUCAACCUUCCUCGUUCUGAGCACCCGCAGGCUUGGGGGACCAGGGGGCAAGAUGUACCUCAGGUGACAGCCACAAGAGCAAGCAGUUCCUCAUCAAGCUCAAGCACCGGGUCCAGCAGUUCAGGUGAGCGGAAACUUGAUGCAGAAAGCAAGGCCCUGUGCCGUUCUGCACCUGAACAUGCCAGGAUAGACCACAUCCUGGAAAAAUGCAUCCACGAGCUACCAGUGGAGAUUAUCGUCGAAUUUUCUCAGCGAGGGAGUGUGAUGACGUCCUCUAAACGGCUGAAAAGUAGCUUCCACUCAACCUGGCUGGUAGAGAUUUCUCCAUUGAUUCAGGAUGGCAAGUCCUACGACCGAGUCAUUGUACAAAUCCUCGGGUCUCAGGUUGGUGAUCAACCAUUGAGUGUGCACAUUUCCUGCAAGCAGAUUGUGAAGGCAAUGGACAUAGCUCGUCGAGCAGGAGUCCGCGUGCCUGACGUCCUUUUUACCGGGAGCUGUGACACAUACAUUGGCCCACUGGAGUUCAUUGUGCAAGAAUAUAUUUCAACCCAGACUGUGGAGGACGUGGUGAAGGCCCCGGCCAGAGAAUGGAACCGCAUCGAAAGGGAGGUCGUCGGAAAGUUGCAGGCCUUCGGGCUUGGUGAAGAUGCGACACCCAUGCAGUCUUUCGAAAGCCUUCACCAAUACCUGAUGUAUUUCAGAAACUUGGUGCCCACAUCUCUCAUUUCCAUCCGUGAGGAGAUUGACAAUUUUGUUCAAGGACUGCCACGGAAAAAGUCGGAACCUCUGGCUUUGCUACACCAAGAUAUCAACUGUGGCAAUCUUUUGACUUCAGAAGUCGACAAGGUAUCCAAUUCAUGGCGGCUAGAUGCUGUUAUUGACUGGGAGAGUGCUGUCAUCGCACCUGGUGAACUUCUCUGCCGGCCACUUGAAGAUCAUUGGCGAAUCGCAAUGGCCUUCGGACAAGUGGCGAAGGGAGCAUGGCUUGCUGGCUGCCUAGCAGAAAAGGCGUUGCCAAGAUGUGAUUUGGAGGUGCAGCUCGCAAGCACAGAUUUCUUGGCAAAGUGGCUGGACGCAGGCGUUAGUGGAGAACUACACCAGGGCCGCCAAGAAGUUAGAGAAAAGGAAACACGUUCGCUUUGAGAAGUGGUCCAGCUUGGUCCAGAAGUGUCAAACGGCCGAUCGAGGCGGCGGCGGAUAUGGAAAGUGACGUUGUUCAUCGCUGUUCAAUUUUCAGCCUUGUGUACAUAUGCGGAGAUUGGUUUCAAGCCGCCAUACCAAGAGGACCGACGAGCAAAUCCCGAACUUACCGUGGUGGCAAUGC